CAAUCAAGGACCUCUGAUCUUUGUGACCUCUGAUCCUUAUGCACUGAAGCGCCUACAGGUUCGCUGAUAAACAGGUUUGCUUAAGAAAAUGGCAACAAAUGCAAAGGCUGUCUUUUUGCUUUUCUUAGGAAUGAGCUUUGUGCAAAACAGCAAUUCAGAUAAUGAGCUGAAGCUUGACCAGGCCCUGCUCUCUGUCAACAAUUACCUUCCUGGACAAAUUGCUGCUUUCUAUGUCUCUGAAGCCUGCUACAAAUGUCUGCCACAGCCUCUCCUCACGGUUUCACCAGCUUCCAUGGGAGCGCCUUCAAACACAAGCGUGGCGGUUAGUUCCCGCUUUGCUCUCACAGUCACAAUGUUUGCAGAAGCAGAUGCGGUUGCCCAUGUUUGCAGUUGGAGAGCAUUAUAUGGAGAACAAGGCCAGUACUUGCUAACUGUCAAGCCCAUCAAGAAUACAACUGAAGUCUCUUGUACGUUAAGUGUGGAGAAAGAUCCUGAGAAUGGUUACAUCCCUUUGUUGGUUGCUUUUGCCAGCAUGUUUGCUGUGGCCCUCCUGUAUUUUCUUGGACUUUAUGUCUCCAAACUUCACUGUACCCGGGUACACUGCCAUUGCCUUCAACACAAACCUACUUCCAUUGAACUUAAUUCUACAGAGAGCCCAAGACUGGUGGAGGAGAAACCCAAACGUCGAAGACUCCUUUCCCUGGACACAUUUAGAGGAUUUUCUCUCACCAUCAUGGUUUUUCUGAACUGUGGAGGCGGGGGCUACUGGUUCUUUGAGCACGCUGCGUGGAAUGGACUGACAGUUGCAGAUCUGGUCAUGCCCUGGUUUGUUUUCAUCAUUGGCACAUCAGUAGCACUGGCUUUCCAUGCGAUGAUGAAAAGAGGAGUGAGCCGUAUCCAGCUCUUGCGUAAAUUGACCUGGAGAACUGUGAUCUUACUCUUGAUGGGACUCUGCUUCCUUAACUACGGACCAAGAGAUGGUCCAUUGUCAUGGAGCUGGGCAAGGAUUCCAGGUGUUCUGCAGCGUCUUGGAUUUACUUACUUCAUUUUGGCCUUGAUGGAGACCUUCUUUUGCUUAAAAGACCUUGACAUAUAUCAGUUUGAUAAUUGGUGGGCUCCACUAAGGGAUACCAUUCUCUACUGGCCGGAGUGGGUAAUCAUGGUGAUCCUGGAGACCCUUUGGCUGUGCCUCACAUUCCUGCUACCUGUCCCUGGAUGCCCCAGAGGUUACCUGGGCCCUGGGGGGAUAGGAGAUGAUGGAAAAUACCCGAACUGUACUGGUGGUGCAGCGGGGUACAUUGAUAAGUUGGUGCUUGGAGAGGACCACAUAUACCACUACCCUACAUGUAAGGAGCUGUACAAAACCACUCAACCUUUUGAUCCCGAAGGCAUUUUGGGUACAAUCAACUCCAUUCUGAUGGCUUUCUUUGGACUUCAGGCGGGGAAGAUUAUCCUAAUGUACCGUCAGCAACCGCUGAGCAUUUUAAAGAGAUUUCUCAUCUGGGCUGUUUUGCUGGGGAUUAUCUCUGCCAUCCUAACCAAAUGUACACAAAAUGAAGGAUUCAUCCCCAUCAAUAAAAAUCUCUGGUCUUUGUCCUUUGUCACCACCCUGAGCUGCUUCUCAUUUGUCCUGCUGGGAAUCAUGUUCUAUGUUAUCGAUGUGAAAAAUUGGUGGGGAGGUCAACCUUUCAUUUUUCCAGGUAAAGAGGCAGAAUAUAGAGAGAGCAGCAGCUCUUUGUCUCGUAUAGCAUCUGGCUCACUCCCAAAUCAGUCCCAGGAAUCCAGUCUCAGCACCAAGCAGCAAGACAGGUAAGGAAGUAUUCUGCCAAAACAGCUUCUCAUGGACACCCAUUGGAAUUGACACUGAAUCCAUUCCAAAGAUCAGGGAUAGGGAACUUGUGGCCCUGCAGGUGUUACUAAAUUCCAACUCCCAUCAGUCCCAGCCAACAUAUCGAAAGGUCAAGGAUGAUAGGAGAUGUAGAUCAACAUCCAGAGUGUUGCCCACACGAUGCAAAAUGUUCUAUUGGAGCUGACCCCAAAUAUAAACAAUGGUAUGAACUUCUAUCAUCAACCAAAUACGUACUGAAGUUUAGAUUGUUUCGCUGAUUCUUUGUGUAUUUGUUUCCUUUUAUCAUAUGUGUGUCUCAAAGGUACAAAAUAAAUAAACAAGCAGCUUAAAUGGUUGAUUCAAGAUGUUGUUUCCCUCAUUCACGGAUGUACUUUAAAAGCCAUAUAGUUGCACAUUUGCAUUUAGCAAAUCUCAAGUUGUGUGAAACUUGAGGACAUACUUCCCUAGGAAAUAGGGUUAGUGUAAGGACAGCAUGUUGUUACCUCACUCUUCAUAAAAGUGAGGACUUUUCCUUUAUGUUGUUGUUGCAGUAUCAACCAGACUGCAGACGUCUGAUAUCUGCUACCUUUAGGGCGCUAUGCUUAUGAUAACUUUAUGUUAAUACAGCUUGGGGCUAUAGUAUCCCCCCACAAGUGUUCUAGUGGUGUUACAUUUACUAGUCCAGUGUAUCUGGUACUUGAGGCAGAAAUCUUUAUUCU